AUGGACCGUAUCAAACCGAGGGAGAACCAGUUCGAUACAGUCCCUGCUAGGAUUAGGAAUGAACCUAAAUAUAGGCCAUUUAGGGACUGUAUUUGUGCUAUUGAUGGUGCUCAUAUUCCAGCCGCUAUUCCCAAGGAUGAGAGAGGUCGGUUCAUAGGGAGGAAAGGAUUCACUACACAAAAUGUCAUGGCCGCAUGCGACUUUGACAUGUUGUACAUUUUUGUCUCGGUUGGUUGGGAGGGAUCUGCACAUGAUGCACGGGUAUUUCAGAAUGCAACUACCGACAAUUCGUUAAACUUUCCGCAUCCACCACCCGGAAAGUAUUAUCUAGUAGAUGCAGAAUAUCCUAACAGGAUUAGUUAUCUUGCCCCGUAUAGAGGUGAAAGAUAUCAUUCGUCUCAAUUUGAAAAUGGCCGUAGAGCAUCCGGACCUCAGGAGGUAUUCAACCAUGCACACUCAUCGCUUCGAAAUGUGAUAGAAAGAACUUUUGGGGUAACAAAGAAUAGGUGGCUGAUGCUAAGAAAUAUGCGUUCAUUCCCGUUCUCGAUUCAAGUUGAAAUUGUGAUAGCGUGCAUGGCGCUUCACAAUUUUAUUCGAUUAAGGGUGACAGAUGAUGAGGAGUUCACGGACAUAGAUGAAGAACCAAGUUGUUCAUAUGAAGAAGGUCCUAGUGACGUUGCUGCACCAGGGGAUUCGGAUUUACGUGACGACAAUACAAUGACGCAUGUUCGGGAUCUUAUUGCAAACAAACUUGUCUGUCAAAGGGAGCGUAAUUGA